GAAAGGAGCAGCACAAUCUGCUCCAUUCAGCUUUCAGCCCCGUGGAAGAUGACUGCGACGACCUGUCCCAACAACGUGGAAAAACUCUCAAAUGCUAAAGACGAACGAAAGUUAAGGAAACCCCUCAUCGAAAGAAAACGACGAGAGCGGAUCAACAACUGCCUCGAUCAGUUGAAAGAAACUAUAGUGGGUGCGUUCCGGCUCGACCAGUCCAAACUCGAAAAGGCAGAUAUCCUCGAGAUGACUGUGAAACAUCUCCAGAACGUUCAAAGCAACAGACUGAUGGCGGAUGCCAAGCUCGGUGUGGAAGCCCAGCAGAGGUACAGUGCCGGGUACAUACAGUGCAUGCACGAAGUCCACAACUUGCUGCUAACCUGCGACUGGAUGGACAAAACCGUGGGAGCGCGUUUGCUGAACCAUUUGCUGAAGUCUCUGCCUCGGUCCAGUGAGGAUUCUCGCCGGACGGGACCCCCUCCCACCCUCCAGCCCUCUCAGACCCCGGUCACUCAGACUGCCCCGGGAGCUGGCGAUGCGUUACCCCACUCGUCUCCAGACAGAAUCGGCUCCGACCGUGGAUGUAAAGUGCUCGGGGGCGAUCGGGGACCAUUUCUGAGCCCCGCAGCAAAUCCUCAGCCACCAGACAGCUCGGGAGACCCGUCUGUGAUGGACCACACGGGCACAGCGUCUUCGGACGUGUGGAGACCCUGGUGACGGGGAUUGCACUCGCUCUCCAGAUGUUCGACUCUUCCUUAUGUAUCUCAUAGAUAUGCUUCUCGAAACACUUCCAGGACAAGUCGUGUCCUCCCAUGUGGUGCUUAAAAAAAAAUCACAGAGUACUUCACGCUGAAGGGUUCUUAUCCGUAGCCUAUAUUGUAGGAGGCGUUUAUUUUGUUGUAUUCAAUGAAAUACAUUCUAAUUUAUUUGAUAGAGAUGC